AUGGGGCCCGCCGGCAGCGGCAAGUCAACAUACUGCUCGACGAUGGUUGGCCACUGUGAAUCGCUGGCAAGAGUCGUCCAUCUAGUCAACCUCGAUCCGGCGGCCGAAAAGUUCACCUACGAGCCAACGAUUGACAUCCGCGAUCUCAUCACACUCGAAGAUGUUGUAGAGGAGCUGCACUAUGGACCCAACGGCGGCUUGAUUUAUUGCUUGGAGUUUCUGAUCAACAACAUGGACUGGUUCGAAGAGGAGCUCAACAACUUUGACGACGACUAUCUCAUCAUCGACUGUCCUGGUCAAAUCGAGCUUUAUACGCACUUCCCGAUCAUGAAGCGGCUUGUCGAAAACAUGCAGCGCCUCGGCUAUCGAGUGUGCGGUGUAUACUGUCUCGACAGCCAGUUCAUUGAUGACAUCCCAAAGUACUUUUCUGGAGUCCUGAGCGCCAUGUCUGCGAUGGUCCAACUCGAAAUUCCUCACGUCAACGUCAUGACCAAGAUGGAUUUGUUGGGCGACCGAGCACAGUCGUCGCGGAUGGAAAGAUUCCUCGACCCCGAUCCCAGCCUGCUGGCCGAGAGUGCCAAUAUAGAAACCCACUCCAAGUUCCACGGUCUCAAUCUUGCACUCCUGCGCCUGAUCGAAGAGUACAACAUGGUUAGCUUCCUUCCGCUCAACAUCAAGGAAGAGGAGUCGAUAUCGUUGGUCCUACAGCAUAUCGACAAUGCGAUCCAGUAUGGCGAGGACAUCGAGCCCAAAGAGCCCAAGGACGACGCCGACCCCGAAGACGAGGAGGGCGAUAUUGAGUACUUUCAGUAG